AGACGCUCCGAGGACCCGGGCGGCUGCGUGGGGCUCGGAGCGCUCGGGCAUUUCUGCAGGCGCGCGGCGAGCCAUUCCGGCGGCCGCCGCAGCUCCGCUGCAUCUCCCUCCUCCUCCUCCCCCGGGCUCGGGGCGUGUGUGUGUGUGAGUGUGCCUGAGUGUGUGUGUGUGUUUUGCAGGUGUGUCCGUUUUAAUUCUGCCCAGUAGGUGGGACUUGGUGACUUUAGCACCAUUUUUUCCUUUUCCUUUUUUUUUUUUGCCUCCCCACCGGCUGUUGCGACCCUGCAAAGUCUCGGAGUCGGCGAGCGCGGCUCGCUGCUCCAGCCCCGGACCGGCGCGAGCCGGCGAGCGCCGAGCCGGCCACCAUGCCAGGCAGACCGCGCCACUAGGCGCUCCCCGCGGCUCCCACCCGGCGGCGGCGGCGGCGGCGGCGGCGGCAGCAGCGCGAUGGUUUCAGACGCUGAAGGAUCUCGCAUCUGAUCGCACGGCGUUUCAAAGAAGCAGCGAUCGGAGAUGGAUGUCUCUCUUUGCCCGGCCAAGUGUAGUUUCUGGCGGAUUUUCUUGCUGGGAAGCGUCUGGCUGGACUAUGUGGGCUCGGUGCUGGCUUGCCCGGCGAAUUGCGUCUGCAGCAAGACGGAGAUCAGCUGCCGGCGGCCGGACGAUGGGAACCUCUUCCCGCUCCUGGAAGGGCAGGACGCGGGCAACGGCACGGGGAACGCCGGCCUCAACAUCACUGACAUCUCCAGGAACAUCACUUCCAUACACAUCGAGAACUGGCGGGGCCUGCACACGCUCAACGCGGUGGACAUGGAGCUCUACACCGGCCUGCAGAAGCUGACCAUCAAGAACUCGGGACUCCGGAGCAUCCAGCCCAGAGCCUUCGCCAAGAACCCCCACCUACGCUACAUAAACCUGUCGAGUAACCGGCUCACCACGCUCUCGUGGCAGCUCUUCCAGACGCUGAGUCUCCGGGAACUGAGACUGGAGCAGAACUUCUUCAACUGCAGCUGUGACAUCCGCUGGAUGCAGCUGUGGCAGGAGCAGGGGGAGGCCAAGCUGAACAGCCAGAGCCUGUACUGCAUCAGCGCCGAGGGCUCCCAGCUGCCCCUGUUCCGCAUGAACAUCAGCCAGUGCGACCUUCCCGAGAUCAGUGUGAGCCACGUCAACCUGACCGUGCGGGAGGGGGACAACGCCGUGGUCACUUGCAACGGCUCUGGGUCGCCCCUGCCGGACGUGGACUGGAUAGUCACCGGCCUGCAGUCCAUCAACACCCACCAGACCAACCUGAACUGGACCAACGUGCACGCCAUCAACCUGACGCUGGUCAACGUGACGAGCGAGGACAACGGCUUCACCCUGACGUGCAUCGCGGAGAACGUGGUGGGCAUGAGCAACGCCAGCGUCGCCCUCACCGUGCACUACCCCCCGCGCGUGGUGAGCCUGGAGGAGCCCGAGCCGCGCCUGGAGCACUGCAUCGAGUUCGUGGUGCGCGGCAACCCGCCGCCCACGCUGCGCUGGCUGCACAAUGGGCAGCCCCUGCGGGAGUCCAGGAUCAUCCGUGUGGAGCACUACCAGGAGGGCGAGGUCUCGGAGGGCUGCCUGCUCUUCAACAAGCCCACCCACUACAACAAUGGCAACUACACCCUCAUCGCCCAGAACCCGCUGGGCACCGCCAGCCAGACUAUCAACGGCCACUUCCUCAAGGAGCCCUUUCCCGAGAGCACGGACAACUUCGUCUCGAUCUAUGAAGUGAGCCCCACACCGCCUAUCACUGUGACCCACAAACCAGAGGAAGACACUUUCGGGGUGUCCAUCGCCGUGGGGCUCGCCGCCUUCGCCUGCGUCCUGCUGGUGGUCCUCUUCAUCAUGAUCAACAAGUACGGCCGGCGGUCCAAGUUCGGGAUGAAGGGUCCCGUGGCCGUCAUCAGCGGGGAGGAGGACUCGGCCAGCCCGCUGCACCACAUCAACCACGGCAUCACCACCCCCUCGUCGCUGGAUGCCGGGCCCGACACGGUGGUCAUCGGCAUGACCCGCAUCCCGGUCAUCGAGAACCCCCAGUACUUCCGCCAGGGACACAACUGCCACAACCCGGACACGUGGGUCUUUUCAAACAUAGACAAUCAUGGGAUAUUAAACUUGAAGGACAAUAGAGACCACCUAGUCCCAUCAACUCACUAUAUAUAUGAGGAGCCUGAGGUCCAGAGUGGGGAAAUGUCUUACCCAAGGUCACAUGGUUUCAGAGAAAUUAUGUUGAAUCCAAUAAGCCUUCCCGGACAUUCCAAGCCUCUUAACCAUGGCAUCUAUGUUGAGGAUGUCAAUGUUUAUUUCAGCAAAGGACGUCAUGGCUUUUAAAAAAACAAAAACAAAAAACUCCUUUUGUGAGCCUCCCCGUUCCGACGUCACCUGGGUAGGCUGGGCCCGCUGAGAGGCUGGAAGCGCUAGGCCUUGCUCUCCCUGGAUCUGGGGAUGCUAAGUAGGAACUGCAUGAGCCACCGGUGCGCCCAGCCCGCACUGCCACCGCCGCCGCCAGACGGGUGUGCUCCCACCCAGCGCCGGCAGGGCCGCCCUCCCCCUCCAGCCAUCACUGUGCUCCUUGUUGUCUGGCCUCCGCGGCAGCCCCUGCCGCCACCUCUCACGCCAAUAAACAGAAAUUGCAAACCCGUGCACCAGGAACCAUCUUUUAAACACACUAGCCCUCCUCUCGCUUGACCAAACCGCCCGGCCCAGCACCAGAAAGCCUGCUGAAGCCCAGCCGUGCUCCGGCCUCGCGGGCCCUGCUCGGAAGCGUGGGGUGAAGCGUGGGGUCUCCCCGGCUCAAGUCGUAGCCGCCUCGUCGCCCGCCCGCCCGCGGCCUCCGGCGGGGAAGAGCGCCCGAGCAGAGGCGGCGCCAGGCCCACGCGCUGGCACCAGAUUAGGUCUCAGAGGAAAGAAGGAAAACCAGUCAUUUUCUGUGCUUUUUUUUUUUUUUUUUUUUUUUUGUGGAGAAACCCGUACACUUUUUUGGACACAGUUCGCCCCACUUCCUCUUCUCUCUGGAGCGGCGCGCGGCGGGUGCGCUGUUAGAAAACCCCUUGGAGAGGGAGCUUCUCCAGGCCUCCUCCCGGCCCCCAGACCUGCUGUGGUGACCCUCAUGGGCUGCAGGCGGCCUUGCCUGGGGACCGGCUCCCUGCUAGGACACACCAGGGGCCGGGGAACCGGGGGCCGAGGCCCCUCCGGGUGGUCCGUGGCCCCAGGAUGGGCUCCUUGCCCACUCCCACUUGCUCUUGACUCUGAGAACGUUCGGAACCCAGUGGAGUCGCCAGUCCAAGGCCAGCGGGACGCGAAGGGGAAGAGAAGUGACCCUUGGCCUCCUCCAGCCCCCCUCGUGGCAGCGGUGGAAGUCUCAGCCGGGUCUCUGGUCGAUGUGUGUGUUUGCCUUGCUCGCUUUGACUCAUGCCUUACUGUGUGGCCACCCUCUCCCGAAGAGGGGGUUGUGUCCCCCAGUGUCCACUUGGCCCCCUGGGGAGAGGGAGGGGAGGGGAUGACCGUCCCCUGCUUCGAUAAGGAAGGGACAGUUUUAGGGCCCGAACCCCUCCCAGAUUUGCUGCCUCAUUGGCUGAGCGGACUUUGGGGCAGGCCCCGUGGCCCCUGCUUACCGUGCCUCCAUUGUGGGCGGUCAGUACCGGCGGGCAGCCCCCGAGAUGGUGGAGGGCCCGGAGCAGGGGCCUCCCCGGGGAGCUUUCAGGGUGAAGUGGCGAUGGCUCUAGCCCACCGAGUUCCGGGUAGCCGUGCACAGCAGCGGGUCGCAGGCUCUCCGCCUUUGGCAGCCUCACCCAGGGGCGAGGAUUCCCACUUAGGUUCCUGUCUUGGGUCCCGGGGAUGGUGGUUCUUCAUGCCAGGUGCCCAGCCUGGUUCUGCAGGUGCUCCCAUGGGGUUUAACCAGGAGAUGCUUCCCGAGUUCUUGCCCAGUAUCUGAGGCGGCCUCCCCGGCGCCCGAGCGUCCGGAGUAUCACACGGGGACACAGCGUCUCUCCGGGGCCCUGAAGUGGGUGUGCGCCUGCCCAACCAGCCCCUCCCAGCACCCCUCCCCCACCCCGCCGUCCUGCCCCCACUGCGCCACGGUGGGCUGUCCCCGCUGUGUCCUGCCGGCCCUUUGGGCAGGGCCUCCUCCCGAGUGUGGCUUUAAGGAGUUGUCAGCCUGAGGGUGAUGUUUUUAAUUAUUGUGAUCAUUACCUCAUUCCCAGCCUCCCGGGCUCCACCCGCCCCAGCCCCCUCCACUCUGCCGCCCUGUCACCUUGUGCUGUGACCCUGGGGCGCCGUGUCCCCACAGAGACUCCUAGGAGUGUUCAGUGUCUAGUUUCUUAAUAAACACUUUAUUUUCUAAUGA